AUGGACAAUCGGUAUCCGUUUGCCAGCCACGAGAGCGACGUUCCUUCGUCUGUUUGGGCCGGCAGCUCCAGCAGCGCUCCCCAACUCGGAACAAAUCUUCCAUCAUCGGAGACGCAUUCUUCAUAUCCCUAUUCACGCUACUCGUCAAUUCAACAUUCGCCCCUUCGUCUUGAACGUUCCCAGUCCGCCGACACUCCCCUAGACCAAGAGGCUUUGCAGAUCCUGGACUCUCUGCUCAACGAUCUCAACGCUGAUAGACAAAGCGGACACAGCCAUGCUGCCCUCGGAGAGUCCACGGGGAGCACGAGCGCAGGAACGAGUGCGCAAGACCUCAGCAGAAAGGGCACCAGGCAAUGGUGGGAGCCUCAGUCCUUCAAUUUGCUUCCAUAUGUCCCUCCUUUGUCUCAAGGGUCCGGAAAGAUCGAUCAGACCCGUAACGACGAUCCUCGUCUGCGCGACGAGCUAGACAUGAAAGUAUUUGCUGGAAAGCUCACGUGGGCCCCUGAUGCUGACAUGGAUCACGUUCAGCCACGUAACUUCCGCGAAGCCUCGCCUUUCACACGAUAUCAUCGAAUACUCCCUUCCGUCCAUUCGACCGCUCCAGAUGGAUUGCGGCUUCCGAUCCGUAUGACGGCACACAGUAAUGCGCCGAUCUUGAGCGGAGCCCCUGAGGGCAGUGUGCUACACAACCGUCCGUUUUAUCUUUUGUGGUCCGCCACGACAACCCCUGAUGGGAGAAGGCACCUGAUCAGCUAUGGUACAGCUCACAUUGAUCCUGCUGACUACGAGACGAUUGACAGUCAUUUGCGAUCACUACUCGAGGAUGCUGCUGAUACAUCUUUGGCUUACUGA